AUGGCGACAACUGGCGCGACCGCCAAUGCGGCCCCUGAGGGAUCUAAUGACGUCCCGGAGAAAUGGAAGUACAUCAAAUGGACAAUGGAGAAGGGGAAGUGGAUUCCGACCAGCUUCGGGGCAAUCUGCUACCGGUGUUGGCAAAAGAAGAAGAGGCACGGUCCAUGGGAGGACUGUAAGGAGGAGUGCGGCUGGUGCGGCACCACAGGGCACGUGGGUCAGCUUUGUCCAGAAUCAACGAAGUCAAAGAACUGGUGGAAACUGAAGACAGCGCCAAAGAACGAGUAUUGGCCGGCCCAGACGGUGCCGCAAGUGCAUCAAGGGACUUUCGGAGCACCCAAUGGGUUUGAACAGCCAAAUUUGUUCGGCUUCGCGCCACAGCAGACGUGGCCUACCUGGGGGCAGCAAGGAUCCUUCCCGCCAGCACCCUUCCCGCCAGCAGGGCAGCCUGCACAGCACGCCCAGCCAUCGCAAGCUUCGCAAUGGCAACACCAGGCGCUACCGGUGGAUACGGGGGAGCUAGACAGGUUGAGAGAGGCUGCGCAGGCGUCGAUGCGCGAGAGGCAGAGGGGGGAGGAUUUGCUUGCAGAGUUGCGACAUGAGCACCGGACAGCACUGAUUCGGGAACGGAAUAAGGGUCGAAUUGAAGGCUGGGACGCAGGCUGGGACGAAGGCUGGGACGAAGGCUGGGACGAAGGCUUCCAGGUCGGUCGACGGGAAGAGGAGAAGAAGUAAGAGGAAAGAACGUGGAAAAAAGAAGAAGAGUAGGAUGGUUAGAGAAUAGCGGGAGAGGAGACCAUGGAGGCUCUUGCCUAUCGUCGCCGAUGGGGCCUCGCCUUCCGUUGCCGGUGGGGUCUUGCCUGCUGUUGCUAGUGGGUUUGCCUGUUGCAAAAUGGGAGUGCCCGUGCUUUACCUACAUCUAAUUUGAAG